AAGUGUCACAUGUGUCAACCAACCUCCAAAGUCCUGCUGAAUGUGCACCUAGCCUCUGUUAGGUAAUUAAUUAUUUAAAUAAGCUUUAACUGAGUGUGUUCAGAUGUGAUUCACCGGCGCCGGUAAUUAAAAAUAUUGGGUUUCGUAUUUAUUAUGAAUACGGUCCAUCUGAAGCUCAGGUCCUUCACAUUCCUGUUUGUCAAAGGCAGAGCUCUCUCUGCUGGUCCUCCGGCUGUCGCACGCUGUCAUUUUCGUUUCCCCCGGACUGUUCUCCAGUUUUUCCGAACAAUGGCCACUAACAAUAACCCGGAGACGAGACAGCCGCCGGGUUUGAAGAAAGCCAAGCAGAAGGAGCCGCUGCGGCGAGUGAAAACCAAAGAGAACCGCAGCAGACGAGGCGACGUUCACGGACCGUCCACGGUGUACCUGCAGGUGGUCGGCGCUGGGAGCAGGGAUAAUGCUGCGUCACUGUAUGUCUUCUCCGAGUACAACAGGUAUCUGUUUAACUGUGGAGAAGGAACACAGAGACUCAUGCAGGAACACAAACUGAAAGCUGCUCGAUUGGACAACAUCUUCCUGACCAGACUGAGCUGGGAGAAUGUGGGAGGUUUAUCAGGGAUGAUAUUAACCUUGAAGGACACUGGUGUUCCAGAGUGUGUUCUCUCCGGACCUCCACAGCUGGAGAACUACCUGAAUGCCAUCAAGUCGUUCUCUGGACCACUGGAAGACAUCAAGCUGUCGGUUCGACCGUACACUGAAGAGACGUACACGGACGAGACAAUGACUGUUUAUCAAGUGCCAAUAUUUGCACAGUUGAGGGGUGAUGGCGGAAAGCUUUCCUCCACGUCAGGCAGGAGUAGCCCCUCUCGAAGUCCUGCCUCUCCCAGGAUAGACGACAUCCACACUAACAGCCACGGUGGAAGGCCAGGUGAGUCCUGUGAAAGACAAAACUCAGCUAAAGAUACCUCUUUGGUGGUUUCUUUCAUAUGUAAGCUUCACCCCAAGAAGGGAAAUUUCUUAGUCGCUCAAGCCAAGGAGCUCGGUUUGCCAGUAGGCACAGCAGCAAUCGGUCCACUCAUAGCAGCUUUGAAGGACGGGAAAAGUAUCACAUACCAAGGACAAGAGAUCCGGCCUGAGCAGGUUUGUACUCCCACUGACCCAGGACCAGUCUUUAUUAUUGUCGAGUGUCCGUCUGAGGAGUUUGUUGAAGCGGUUUGCACCAAUCGGCAGCUGAGAAGAUACCAAACAGGAGGGACAGAGGACUGCACUGCGUUGGUAGUCCACAUGACCCCAGAGUCUGUUUUGGAAACGGAUCAAUACAAAAAGUGGAUGGAGAGGUUUCCAUCCACAACAGAACACCUGAUCCUUAAUGAACACGUCUGUACGGUCCACAACAUCCGAAGUCACAAGAUUCAGGCGCAGCUGAACAUGAUUCACCCAGAAAUCUUUCCAGAACUCAAGUCUUACAAAACAAAGGAGCCUCAGGCUGCUCUACACGUCACCAACGUCAGAGCCGAGUGUCUGCUCAAGUUCCAGCUCCGACCUGUAAUGGAGUGGCAAAGAGAUGCCAUCCCCUCCUGCAACACUAAAAACUUUGUGAAAGAGGCUUCUGAAGUCUCGAACUUUCUGGAAGAAGUGGACAGCUGCAGGCGGAUUUGCUCGGCUGAUGCUGCAGAGCUUUCGGGACGAGGACAAAAAUACCCAGAGGUGGUUUUCAUGGGAACAGGAUCAGCUCUUCCAAUGAAGAUCAGAAACGUCAGUGGCACUUUAGUUAAUAUCAGCCCGAGUCAGUCGGUACUGUUGGACUGUGGAGAGGGAACAUUCGGUCAGCUCUGCAGACACUACGGGGACGAUGUGGACGAGGCUCUGUCUAAGAUCUCAACAGUCUUCAUCUCACACAUGCAUGCUGACCACCACACAGGGCUGCUGAUGUUGCUGUAUCAGAGGGAAAGAGCACUGGCAACAUUGGGAAAAGAAUUCAGUCCCAUCUACCUGGUGGCUCCGGUCCAGAUCAUGACCUGGUUCAACCAGUAUCACAAUUACUGUGAGGACAUCCUCAACCAUAUCAACUUCAUCCCUAACAGUUUUCUGUGUGAUGGUGCCGAGGUGCCCAAACAGAGGACAAAGUCAUUCAUCCAAGCGCUGCUGAAAAAAAAUGAUCUGGAAAAGUUCCAGACGUGCAUAGUGCGUCACUGUAAGAACGCCUUCGCCUGCAGCUUCACUCACCAGUCAGGCUGGAAACUGGCCUUUUCUGGUGACACCAUGCCCUGCGAUGCGUUCGUUCACAUCGGAAAGAGUGCAACCUUACUAAUCCACGAGGCCACGCUGGAAGAUGGGCUGGAGGAGGAAGCUGUAGAGAAAAGGCACAGCACAACCUCCCAGGCCAUCGGUAUCGGCAUGAGGAUGAACGCUGAGUUCAUCAUGCUGAACCACUUCAGCCAGCGUUAUGCCAAGAUCCCUCUUUUCAGUGAAGACUUCAGUGACAGAGUGGGGAUAUCAUUCGACCACAUGAGAAUUCGCUUUGGGGACUUUAAAAUCCUACCCAGGCUCAUUCCUGCACUUAAAACCCUUUUCGCCGAGGAGAUCGGUGAGAUGGAGGAGAGAAGAGACAGGAGGGAGCUGAGACAUCCAAGAGGAAGCAGCUCUGAGGUAAACAGUGAGACGCCCGACGUGGCUCGAGGUGCCAAAAGAGACCAGGAGGAGGCAGCGACACACAACGUAGAAACAAAAAGACUGAAAACCAGCUGAAGCCUGAGUGAACAGUGUUCGAUUAAUUAUGAGAUCAGAGAAAAGGACUUUUAUUUAAAUGAAUUUGAGAUUUUUAUUUGGUUAAAUUGAAGAAAAUGCUUGUAUAUUCUGGGCAUUGCUGUGCACACACUAAGCUGUAAUCUUAGUUUUGGAUUUCAUUACAACAGAAUAAAGCAAUACCACACAGUAUAAACAUGAAAACGA